GGGCAGUGUUGAGGCUCUGGAUCUGGAUCUGCUCUGAUUUGAUUUUCAGCUCCUCGGGGGUGGUUUGGUCGGGAGAGCUCGGCUCUUCUGUGCCGUUGUGUUUCAGCCGCUGGGCGUCGGUUGUCCUCCUCCGUGUUUCCGCCUCGGUUAAUGUGUGUUUACGGCCUGAACUCGGUGAAGUAUCGGAGAUAAGAUGAACGGGAAAUCAGCGAGCGGAACGCCGGCCUGUAUCGAGGGUCUCCCGCCGCUGCCGAAGAGCCUGAGCGGCUUGCUGAACUCGAGCGGCGGCUCCUGGAGGGACAUGGAGCGGGUCUACGUGAAGAAGACCAUGAUCCAGGACGACCUGAGCCGAGGCCGGGCCAACGCAGACGGCCUGCUCGCCAACAAACCCGCCAACCUGGACGCCGCCUUGGCUCUCCUCAGAAAGGAAAUGGUGGGCUUGCGACAGCAGGAUAUGUCUUUGCUCUGCCAGCUCUGGUCCCUCCACGAGUCCAUCCAGGAGUACAAGGGCAGCUGCCAGGACCUCUCUGCCGGCUCCAGUGCCGACGGCCCGUAUGGAAUGGAGAACGGCUACUUUGACGAAGAUGACGAGUACUACACAGAAUCUGGAGUGACCCCCACAGAGACGCCAGAAGGGCCCGAGUUGUCACCCCAGAACGGGACGGCCCAGGGCAAGUGGCUUCACGACUCCCUUCAUGUCACAAUAUGAGAGACUGUGCUGCUUUUCUGGCUGCAACCCGGAGCCGGCUCGGCCACGGCUGAGGCAGGACCCUGCUCUCUUUGAGACAGAGCUGUGACGCUGCUUCUGUUUUGCUGGCUUUUUUUUUUAUCUUGUUUUUUUUUUUUUAUCUUGCAGAAUUUUUUUUCUAUAGAAAAUAUAAAUCAAGAUUAUUUAUUAUAUAAUACAGUAUAGUUUGUUCUGAUUUAAUGGACUAUUUAAUUUUUUUUGUAUGACUUGUAUACGAGGAGUGAAGCACAUCACUUAAUCACGUUUACACUAAAAACAGUUAAAAUAUUCCAAAUUGACCUCUCCACACACUGCCCACAAAUGCAGUCCUCCACAGCAACUGUGCCACAGUCCUUCCACCUGCCCCCUAUUUUCACUUAAAUUUUGUAUAUUUUAUGUGACAAAUUAUUAAAAACUAAUGCAUAAUUGUGAAUUUAUUCAGAGAUUAAAUUUACUAUUUAAAAUUGUUAUGCUGGAGUGUCCUGUUGUAGCUUAUCAAAUUUGGACUGAUUAAAAACCAGAAUGAAUUUGGCACAUUUUCAGCCUCUAGUUUUCUCUUUCAUUUUUUUAAUAUUUAUACACAAGUUCUGUAAAGCUUGUCCAACCUAGUAACAGUUGCUAUAAACUACAGGCGCAUUUAUGGGCAAAGUGUGGAAGAAUCGAUUAUGCUGUGGGAUAGAAUUGUGACUGUAGAUGGAACAGCAACGGACAAGUCAAAUCUGGCGGAGAUGCUUGUUGCUAUAGUGAAUGAAAAAUGUGAAUGAAUUAUAAUGCUGGAAAUGCUACCUAUAUUUCUCCAGCGUAUAAUCCAGGGUAUGACCCCAAGCAGGCACUCCUCCCUGUACUAGCUUAUAUAUGCCGGAGUUCAGCUAUAGUAAUCAACGGCUCCUCUGGUCUUAUUAUAUCCAGCAACAUUUUUAAAGCUCUUCUUUUCUUGCUACAACCUUUUAGCUGAAACCACAGGAAAGACUAUGCUUACAGGUUCUAAACCAGCCAGUCAUGUUUUAAUGGCAUUCCUUACCAUGGUGGGAAUUAUUUAUGCAGCCUGCAUGUUGAAGGAGUAGUUUGGUCAAAAAAAUGGAAUAAGUGAGUUAUAACUGACCUCAAGAACAGUCGAACAAUUUAGACAUGUUUGGUACCUAAUGUUGCUAACAAACACUGGACUUGGACUGUCCCCAAUCUUAUCUCUAUAAAUACAAUGUAAAAAAUGUACAUUAACUUAAUCAUAAUACAGCCUGUUUUAGUUUAUUUGAAGAAGUCUGUAAACACAAUCUAUCGGUUUAUGAUUUUGAGUUACGCAGACAAGAUUGUGUGUGCAAGUCCAGUGUUUAUUAGCUUCAUUGUUUUGAUGCAGAACUCUUGAUUUUAUAUGUAUUUUUUUUGCCAAGCUUCACCUUUAAAACAACAUGAAAUACCCCUGUAAUUAAUCUUAAAAGCAAUGGCAGUAGUAUGCACAUUAGAAUGAGUCAUUGUAAACUAAAUCAAGCAUCAGGGUUUAUAUUAUUACCAUGCUAUAAUAUAAUAUGCAUAUUAAUAUGGGUGCUAACAUGCAGUCUUCCAUUAUCUUUUGAUUUCCCCUUUAUGUUGAGUAAUUAGCAAGCUACAUUGGACCAUAACUUCCCUAUUGAGAGGGAGUGUUCUACAUUAUCAUAUUUUUCUCUUAUUCUGUUCUGUUUCCUACAAACUGAUCACUGCUCAGGCACGCAAACCAAAGACACAUGCUGUGCUUAUAUCCUUCAUGAAGCUGCAUAUCAGUUCUACUCAUUCAGGAGGUUAUGAUAUCGUAGAUGUUUCUUAAGAUGACUUUGUUGAUUAUAUUGUUGGACGGUUGGUUGUGUGCUGUGUUUCUCUGGUACUGUUUGAGGUGGACCAUGUGUAUGGUGAAGCAACUUGGCAGUCCUUGGCAUCAUGUCUUAAAGCAGAAAGGUUCAGUUAGCUCCAGAAACUGGAGUAGAGUUUAUCGCAAGCCGGGUGAGUUGUGUAUUUGUUUUGGGUGUCUGAUUUAUUUGUCAGACUGAGGCAGACCUGGGACAUUGAGUUAAAUUAGAUGUUCUACAGCAAGAAACCCACUAAACUCUGUGCUGGCUGUGGGCCUGCCUGGAAUUUGAGAGCUAAAGUUGAAAAAUCAGGUUUAUGCAGCCCUCUCCCCUCCAUCCCAAAUAUAAUCAAACAGCCAAUAUUUGUUGUGGUGUCUGAAUAGUUUUUUUCAUUGGUAUUUUGUCUAUUGUCUCAUACAUAAAACGUACUAGAAGUUAAUACCCCAUCAAAUAUUGGGGAUAACUGCAUGCCUGAUUUGUCACUCGCUUGCAUUAAAUAAAGUGGGUAACUUUAUGUAGCAGAAACCACAUAAGCAACUUUAUUUAAUGGCUUGGACUACGUUCACAUUACAAGUUGCAUUACAUUGUGUUUAAGUAAAGUAAUGUUUAUCUGCUCCAUGAAAUUAUCCACAUGUGCAUAUCAAAAUCAGUAGAGUAAUGGGAAUUAACUACAUGCAUCAUUAACAUCAAACUAACCUGAAUCCCAAAUGGCUUCCUGCUCCCUAACGUGAUUCAGUAGUUAUGAGUAAUGUAGCACACUAAAUGAAUCCCACUUUAACCUGGUAAUGUGAACGUAGACAUAAUAAUGCAGUUUUGAGCACGCAUGUGAAGAUUCAGCUGUGCAGUUUGCACAGUAUUUAAUAUUGUUACUUAGCUCCAGUGCACCAGACACCAAGCAUGUUUUGGCUGGUUGAUUGGGAGAAAAUUGUGUAAAUCUGAAUUUUGGUCCCAUUGUUCCUUCAAUAGGUACAACACAGGCCAGGAGGGCGAAUACCAGGCUACUCUCCAUUAUGGACCGUGAGGAAAUCAACCGGGAGAACUGUUUGUUCUACCUCUGCUCCAAACUGUGUACUGUAUCUUUUUGAAUAACCUGGUGGCUCAUUUCCACACAUCAGCAGACAAAUGAAUGGCUCUUUUGUAAAGGAGACUUCCAUCAACUUUUCAAAAUUUUAGAACAGUUCAGAAUGGUUCAGUUGUUGAUGUAAUUGUUCAUGUGAAAUUCAAGUCGGAAUUGAAUUUUCGAUGCAUACAAAACCAACUGUGUGAAUCUCGCCUAAGUGCCGAUUCUAAAACAUCAGCUAACAUUGACUGACUGAUGCUCACUGUGCAGAGUGAUGGGGAAGAUGAAAGGGCAUUCUGCUGAACCAGAGAGAGCGGGUCAGUUCUGCUGUCUUGUGCUCCUGGGUACUGGUGGCUUUGGCAUCACCGGGGACCAAAAGUGUGACCUCCAGAUGAUUGAGCCCAGCUAAUUCUGUUUGUGAAGUUGAUGGUAAAAUGGUGCUACAUCUGAAAAGUUUUCUUUGAGGAUUUUUUUUUUUGCUGCACAGCGUCUUGCAUGUACUCUUUCACCACCAAUAGAUUAUUUUUAAAACAUUUUAGGCCAAGGUUUCAGUCAGCAUAUGUAUAAAUAUUUUGUGUAAAUUCUUGUAACAUGAAUUGAAAAUUCUUAAUACCAAAAUUUCAUUCCAUUUACCACCAUUCUAAACACAAGAUUUGUAGCUGUUUAUUUUAUUUAGUUACAAUGAAGCAUUUUAUACCAAAUCAUGUUAAAUCACUUUGAUUAAUUCUUUUCUAUCUUAGAUCUUUUAUCUUUAAUUUUGAAAAAUUCAUGGAAUUCUUCAGGAUUUCUCAGAGAAUCAACUCUGCCAUAUCUUUAAAAACAAUGUUGUGCUGCACAAGUUGCAAGUAAUGUUGUCUUUUCAGCAAAAAGGAUUUCUAUCCUUGUUCCACCCACAGAUGUGUUCUUUUGUAGCUACUGUUGAUGUUGACAGGUUGGACAAGGUUUAAAGAUGUAACAAGCUAAAAUUUUAUUUUUCCCUAAUGAGAUCCUAAUGGGAUGUAAUAUAAUAUAAUGUUGUAAAAUAAUAUAAUGAUUCCAGUUCAGUAUUAUUACUCCACUUUGAUUCUUAGUAAAGGGGUUGAAGGAAAUGUUCGCUAAGAUUCUGUGAAAACUCGCCUGACCAUGCAUAUAGUAGCUACAAAAUAAUUGUAUUUUUAAGCACAUCUUUACUGGUAAAGAGCGUGUUCAGUGUCCAGAUGCUUGCACAGCCAUUUAAUAAUCAUCUUUGUGCUAAGAUACAUUUUCAGGGAAAGCCAGCCCACAACAUUGGCCACAAUAUGUCUGCAGCCAGACUUUGUGUGUUCACCUAAAAACAUCACUGACCGUACCUCACGUAGUGCCUUCUUAACAGCCUGGGCCUGAACCCCAGACUUCUUCAUCUGUUCUGGAUGUGCAGCCGUCUCCGUGAACCAUUUCUGAUGUCAGUAUCUGCAUGUACCAUGUGUUCAGCUGGUAGAAAGUUCUAGAGAAACAUCAUGAAUGUCUCCUCACCCCAUCAACUGUGUUUUAUCGUUAAUUACUGCUUUUUUUUCUUAUUCCUAUGUGGAAAUCCCAUUUUUUCAGAGCGAUGUGCAAAAAAUAAAAAUAAAAACAUUGAUUGUUGCUUGCGAAGAUGUCCAUCAGUGUUUGGUCAUGAGAUGCUUUCCUACAUACAUUAUUUGUGUGCCGUGAUGGUAAAUGUCUGUUGGAUAAAUAUGCUGGCUGGGUUGGCCAUGUGUAUGGUGUUUUAGUUCUGUUUAUUCCAUUUUUUAAUCUGUUAAAAUCCUAUCAAAUUUUGUUUUUGAGAUCGAACAAAAAGGCUUGUUCAGAGUGAUGUUCUUAUGUGUGCGUUCUACAGAAUGACCUUACUACUGUAAGUUUUGGAAGGAUUGUUUUUGUAUGCUUUUUUGUAUAUGUAAUAAUUAUAUUAAACGAAUAAAUCACAUCAGUGAAA